AUCGACAAUAUUUAUGCCGGCCGCGGUAGGCUUUCGCAUGUCGCACGGUUCGACGCAUAGGCGACACAUUUCGCACGAUGAAAUCAAUAUUUCCAAGACCUUGGUCACACUGCUGGAAUCAGCUGACCGAGUAUGACCCUCUGGUCUUUAUCUCUUGCAUAAAUCUUAGCAUCCGCGUUUUUUCCUCCGCUGCUUGAUUCGAACGCUGAAAAAAGUUGACGAAUGUAUACACAUGAUUAAAACUUCUCUAUGAAAUUCAUCGUUUCGAUUGGCCCAGCUGUUAACCAGUUCAUCAAAGGGUUUUGCACAAUGGUUCAAAAAGGACUGCGGCCUUUAACUAUCUGCGGACCUUCGGGUUCAGGGAAAAGUACAUUGCUGAAACGUCUUUUGGAGGAAUAUCCUGACAUAUUUGGAUUCUCCGUCUCACAUACAACAAGAAGUCCUCGACCAGGCGAAGAGCCUGGUAAGCACUAUUACUUCACCACUAAGGAACAAAUGCAGCGAGAUAUUGAUGACGGUAAAUUUAUUGAAAGCGCCAUAUUCAGCAACAACAUAUAUGGAACUAGUAAACGUGCUGUCGAGGAUGUUAGACGUGCUGGAAAAGUAUGCGUACUGGAUAUCGACACCCAGGGAGUGAAACAAAUACGACAAACUUCGCUUGAUCCACUCCUUGUCUUUGUCAAACCUCCAUCAAUUGAAGAAUUGGAACGCAGAUUGAGACAGCGCAACACAGAAACGGAAGAAUCAUUGCAGCGAAGGUUAAUCACAGCCAAAUCUGAAAUGGAAUUUGGUGCCCAGCCAGGCUACUUCCAUAUAAUUAUUGAAAACGACAAUGUCGAAAAGGCCUACGAGCAGCUGCGUGAAUUCGUAAUUGGCGAAAUUAACAGCCAACGUCAAGCAGGUGCUCUAGCGACGUAUUUGCUGUCCAUGAAGGCUUCGGACGAUGAGGACUGCUCCACCAGAGAAACUGAGGAAUCUAAAUUUGUUCCGAGUAUUAUGUUUGUGAAAAGUAACUCUAAAGGAAAUUUAUGAAUAUCUGUAUGUGUAUAUUUAUCAACACGUAUUUCAUUCACGGUGUAAUAAUUAUAGGAAUAAUAAUAGCGAGUAGUGCUUUUACAUGUGAUACUUGGUCAAGUAUUCCCUUUUGAUUCUUUCAAUUCUAAUGAUUGCAAAAUCGCAUAUCUCUACCCGCAGCUAUGUUAUAUAAAUUCGAAAGUAUGAUUGACACAUCCGAUGACAGCGUGACUAUACUUCUGUUGUGAUGUGUAAACCGGUUACUCUAGAAAAUCGACUCGCUCUCCUUGAUAUUCUCACACCGUAUUUAUAUUGGGAAAAUCCAGUUAUUUGA